CCCCAACUCUUUCGAUACAAAACACUCUUCUUCAUUAAACCCCCAAUACAUCUAUACACCACUUUUCGACCUCUUUCUUCAAAGGGUUGAGUUUCGGGACCUAGUUUCCUGUUUUUUCUCUCUACGAAUCACCCUUCAGACAACAAUAGCUGGUGCCCAGGCGCAGCCAGAGAGUCAAGAUGAAGCUCACUUUCAGGGAUCUGAAGCAACAAAAGUUUGUUAUCGAAGCCGAACCCACCGAACUGAUUUCGGAUGUUAAGGCCAAGAUUGAGAAGGAGAAGGGCUGGGAGGCUGCUCAGCAGAAGCUGAUUUACUCUGGCAAGAUCUUGCAAGAUGCGAACACCGUGGAGUCCUACAAGAUCGAGGAGAAGGGGUUCAUCGUGUGCAUGGUCUCAAAGCCUAAGCCAGCUCCAGCAGCAGCAGCACCCAAAGAACCCGCCACUCCAGCCCCAGCUGCCUCAACCUCGACCCCCGUGCCACCUCCCGUCGUAGCCUCGAACUCCGGCACAAACACCGGCAUCCCCUCCACCCCCUCUCCCGCCGGCGCCGGCGUCUCCGCAACCCCCGCCCCCGCCCCCGCACAACCGCAAUUCAACGACCCCUCCGCCCUGACCAUCGGCGCCCAGCGCGCCGAGGCCGUCGCCAACCUCGAGAGCAUGGGCUUCGAGCGCGCCAGCAUCGACGCCGCCAUGCGCGCCGCCUUCUUCAACCCCGACCGCGCUGUCGAGUACCUCCUCAACGGCAUCCCCGAAGACCUGCAGCGCGAGCAGCGCCCCGCUGCCCCGCAAGCCGCCGCCCCCGCCGCUGGGGCCAGUGACGCGCAGUCACCACCCCCAGCCCAACCCGCCACCGGCGAUGAGGGCAUAAACCUCUUCGAAGCCGCCGCGCAAGCUGGUCGCGGCGGUGCCGGCGCCGGCGCCCGCGGCGCAAACCCCUUCGCUGCUGCUGCAGGUGCUGGAGCAGGCGCAGGCGCAGCUGGUGCACAGGCCGGACUCGGCAACCUGGAUUGGCUGCGUAACAACCCGCAGUUCCAGCAGCUGAGGCAAGUGGUGCAGCAGCAGCCGCAGAUGCUGGAGCCGAUCUUGCAGUCUGUGGGCGCGGGGAACCCCCAGCUCGCGCAGCUGAUUGGACAGCACCCGGAGCAGUUCUUGCAGUUGCUUGGGGAGGAGGGAGAGGAGGGGGAUGCGCUGGCGCCGCCGGGGGCGACGCAGAUUAGCGUUACGCCGGAGGAGAGCGAGGCUAUUGAGAGGCUUUGCGGUCUCGGCUUCGAGCGCGACCUCGCCAUCCAGGCCUACUUCGCAUGCGACAAGAACGAGGAGCUGGCUGCGAACUUCCUGUUCGAGCAGCCCGACGACGAGGACGGGCAGAACUAAGACCCUGAUCUCUGAUCCGACGAGCGAUCCAACCAAUCACCCGAUCUACUUCCUGCAAACGAAGAGUUUUUUUUUAGGUUCAAGUGGCUUUAGGCUGCUUUUCUUUUGGGGAAGGGGGGGGCCGGGGUUUCUUGGCUGGCUUGGGAUGGAUGGAUUUUUUUUGUGCUGCUGCCAUGUUAGGCGCGGCGAGACGAGACGAGGCGAUAUAAUCAGCCACCGAUUUGGUGCGGAAGUGGGGGUGGAUGAGGGGACUUGUACCUAGUUUGCAUAUGCUGACUUGCGUCUCUGACCAGAAAAAAAAACUCAUUUUUUGCUGAUGGGAGGGGUUUGUAGUAUACAGACGGGUGAUAGG